UCAGGCAGGCACCUGGCUGCCGGGGCCCCAGAAGUUAAGUUUAAAAGUUAUGCCAUGGUACUUCCCUGGUGAUCCAGUGGCUAAGACUGUGCUUCCUCUGAAGGGGGCGCAGGUUCGAUCCCUGGUGAAGGAACUAAGAUCUCUGGUGGAGGAAUAUGCCUCUUGGUGUGGCAAAAAAAAAAGUCUUGCUGGGCAUCCAAGUCUCACCCAAUCCGGCUCCACCUUCUAGGUGAGAGUCUCCAAGGGGCAGCUGCAGGUGGCAAGCAGCUUCCUGGAGCGGGUAACCGGGGGGAGAACCACGAGGUGACAGCCCGCAGCGUCCUCCCAGAACUUCGGCUCGACUUGAGGAUUCUGCCCCCAGCGGUGAGCUGCCUGACCCCAAAGCUACUUAUGCUAGAGAUAAAGGGAAGCGCUGGAAGAAAUGUGGGGGGGGGGUCCCACUUUCCCGAGGGGCAAUUGCCAGCACCAUCCUGUGCAUCGAGACUGCCAGGCUCUAGGGGGACUCUUAGCAAGCUGUUCCACCCCUCUGAGCCUCUGUUUUCUCCUCCGCAGAAUGGGAACAACAGUACCUGCUUCGUAGAGUGGUUCUGAGCAUUUCAUACAUUACUAAAGCUUAGUGCAGAGCUAAGUAUACGUCGUUAGUGUGCAAUGAAAUGUAUUCAUCCCAUGAAUAUUUAUUGAUUGCCUACUAAGUGGAUGGGGCAACAGUCUAAGCACUGGGAGUGAACAAGACAGACAAAAGCCCAGCCCUGGGAGGAGUGAGGCGGACAUCCUAGCAGAGGCAGACAGACCGUAAAAAACAAACAUCAUCCCGACUCAAUGGACAUGAAUUUGAGCAGACUCUGGGAGAUGGUGAAGGACAGGAAAGCCUGGCGUGCUGCAGUCCAUGGGGUCGCGAAGAGUGGGAUACGACUGAACAACAACAGCAGUGUAAGUAAAUUACAGAGUGGUACAGUCCAAUAAAGAUAGGAUGUGAGCCAUAAAUGUGAUUUAAACGUUUCCAGUGGUACCAUUAUAACAGUAAAAAGAAAUGAGUGAAAUUAAGGUUUCUAAUUUUUAAUGUAAAAUGUUUAAAAAUGUAGUUUUGAGAUUAAAAACUUUUGGGACUUCCCCAGCAGUCCAGUGGUUAAGGCUCCUUGCUUCCAAUGCAGGGGGCAUGAGUUCAAUCCCUGGUUGGGGAUCUAGGGGUCCCAUAGGCCACUGGAGUGUGGCCAAAAUUUUUUUUUUAAAUACACACACACACACACACAAAUUAAAAUCUUUCACCUAAAAUAUUGUUGUUUCGGCCAGAGGCAUCAGCUACAUUUCAGGUGCUCAGUGGUCACAUGGACUUCAUGGUUGCUGGAUGCGUCAAGUGAGCGCAAAAAUGAAGACUUGGCCAGCACCCUUUUCCCUCCGCUGGCCUGGCCUGGUCUGCCGCGAGAGCCUCCUGGCCACAUGCCACCUUCUCCCUUCCACUGUUGGCAAGCAUGACCCAGGUUCCACAGACCCCUGAGAGGUGCCCCAGCCUGGGGGAGUCUCAGCACCACCCUGCCCACUCCAGGCAACGGUGUGCACCCCUCGUUCUGGGGGCUUACGGCCACCCCAGGGAACAGACAGCAGGAAGUUUUGUCUAGGCUCUUACUGGAAAAGGGAAGAGGUGGGUCAGGGGGUGUGAGGAUGAGUUUUUGUCCAGCGCAGGGAUCAGUGGGAAGUGAGGAAGGGCUGGAACCUGCCUCUAUUUAAAAUUUGGUAUUUUUUGUUCAUCAGAUUUUUGGCAUUAAUUAAGAAAUAUAUUUUAUUCAUAUAUUAUAAAGUUUGUCUGUUUAAAGUGCAAAAUUCAGCAGUUUUUAGUAAAGUCACAGAGUUGUGUAACAUCACUCAAUCAAUAUUAGAACAUUUUCGUCGUUCCCAAAGAAACCUUGCUCCCACCAAGUAGCCAUUCCCUGUCCCCACCCCCAUCCCUCCAAACCCUGGCGGCCAUGAAUCCACUUUCUGACCAUAUAGACUUGCCUAUUCUGGAUGUUUCCUAUACGUGGGAUCGUGGGGUCGUACAAAUAGAUGGCCUUUUGUGUCUGGCUUCUUUUCACUUAGCAUAAUGUCUUCCAGAUUGACACCUAUUGUAGUAUGAAUCAGGACUUUACUCCUUUUUGCUGUGUAUGCUCAGUCGUGUCCAACUCUUGGCGACCCCAUGGACUGUAGCCCACCAGGCUCUUCUGUCCAUGGGAUUCUCCAGGCAAGAAUACUGGAGAGGGUUGCCAUUUCCUUCUCCAGGGGAUCUUCCCAACUCAGGGAUCGAACCCAGGUCUCCUGUGUCUCCUGCGUGGCAGAUGGAUGUUGAGCCAUCAGAGAAGCCCUCACUCCUUUUUAUGGUCAAAUAAUAUGCCAUUGUAUGGAUGGACCAGAUUUUUUUUCUAUGCAUUCUUUCCAUGAUGGAUAUUUAUGUUUUUUUAUUUUUUGGCUAUGGUGAAUUAUUCUGCUGUGAACAUUCAUGUGCAGGCUUUUGUGUGGACAUUUCUUUUAAAUUCUUUUAAGGUUUGCAUUAAUUUAGAAUUUUUAAUAUCUUUAUAUAAACUAUUAUUUUAUCUAGAUUUACUGAGUUCUUCCAUCACUCCCUUAAAAUUUGUGCCUGAGUCAAGAACUUGAGUAGCCUCACCCGGCUUCCCCCCUGCAGGUCCUGUCCCUGCUAGCUGCGUGACUUUGGGUGAGUUGCUUACCCUCACAGAACCUCAAUUUCCUCCUCUGUGAAAUGGGCAUAAUCCCUGUGCCCACUCACAGCUGUUAGGGGGCUUCACGGAGGUAAUGAAGUGAGUUACAGACCCGGUCCACAGCAGACGUGAGUCAACGCGUUUUUCCUCCUGGGAAGGCCUGGUGCCCGGGCUGGCUGUGGGGAGCGUCCCCAGAUGGAUGUGACCAUCCCCUGCCCUUGAGGAGAGUUGGCCCAACAGCCUGGAAAUCCUUGCUGCCUCUGUUCCCAAGGGGAACCUGCUGUUUGGUUCUCUGGCUCCAGCCUAACCCACUACGAGGUCCUGAGGGGGUGCGACCGGAUGCUGGUCACCCGGAGGACUCCCCGGUUCCCAGCUCCUUGCGCCCCAGCUGUGUGGGCCCCCCAUCGCCGCCUCCCCCACCUCCACUCUGCCCAUUCCCGUGGAAGGCCGCGGCUCUACCGCUCUCUGCUCUGCCAUGAGGCCUGCACCGCGCAGGGUGAAGUCCAAAGUUCAGUCCCUUCGCUAAGCACACGGAUAAAUAUGAACCUUGGAGAAUUUCCCCAGCUCCAAUGUAAACAGAGCGGGCAGGGGCCCUGAUUCACUGGCCACUGGGGCCAGGGUUGGGGGUUGGGGGUGCCCACAGGGCUUGGCUAGUGGGGUUUGGGGGGGUAGCGGGUGCAAGGAGCCUGGCUGGGGCCUGCCUGCGGGCCGGCCAGCACGGAGCUAGCCCACGCGGUUGGGGGAGGCGGCCGGCUCGGUGGCCCCGGGCCGCGUGGCCCGGCGCUAGUGGAGCCAUGGUUUCUAAACUGAGCCAGCUGCAGACGGAGCUCCUGGCGGCCCUGCUCGAGUCAGGCCUGAGCAAAGAGGCGCUGAUCCAGGCGCUGGGUGAGCCUGGGCCCUACCUGCUGGCUGGAGAUGGCCCCCUGGACAAGGGGGAGUCCUGCGGCAGUGGCGGCGGCCGAGGGGAGCUGGCCGAGCUGCCCAAUGGGCUGGGGGAGGCCAGGGGCUCGGAGGACGAGACGGAUGACGAUGGGGACGACUUCACACCACCCAUCCUCAAGGAGCUGGAGAGCCUCAGCCCAGAGGAGGCGGCCCACCAGAAGGCCGUGGUGGAGACCCUGCUGCAGGAGGACCCGUGGCGCGUGGCCAAGAUGGUCAAGUCCUACCUGCAGCAGCACAACAUCCCGCAGCGGGAGGUGGUUGACACCACCGGCCUCAACCAGUCACACCUGUCCCAGCACCUCAACAAGGGCACGCCCAUGAAGACGCAGAAGCGAGCCGCCCUCUACACCUGGUACGUCCGCAAGCAGCGAGAGGUGGCCCAGCAGUUCACCCAUGCUGGCCAGGGUGGGCUGAUUGAAGAGCCUGCGGGAGAUGAGCUACCAACUAAGAAAGGGCGCAGAAACCGUUUCAAAUGGGGCCCAGCAUCCCAGCAGAUCCUGUUCCAGGCCUACGAGAGGCAGAAGAACCCAAGCAAGGAGGAGCGGGAGGCGCUGGUGGAGGAGUGCAACAGGGCGGAGUGCAUCCAGAGAGGGGUGUCGCCAUCGCAGGCCCAGGGGCUGGGCUCCAACCUCGUCACAGAGGUGCGUGUCUACAACUGGUUUGCCAAUCGCCGCAAGGAGGAAGCCUUUAGGCACAAGCUGGCCAUGGAUACGUACAGCGGGCCGCCACCGGGGCCAGGUCCCAGCCCCGUGCUGCCUGCCCACAGCUCCCCUGGCCUGCCCCCGCCCGCCCUCUCCCCCAGUAAGGUCCACGGCGUGCGCUAUGGACAGCCUGCCACCAGUGAGGGGGCAGAAGUGCCCUCCAGCAGCGGCGGUCCCUUGGUGACGGUGUCUGCACCCCUGCAUCAAGUGUCUCCCACCGGCCUGGAGCCCAGUCACAGUCUGCUGAGCACAGAGGCCAAGCUGGUCUCAGCCACUGGGGGCCCCCUGCCCCCGGUCAGCACCCUGACAGCACUGCACAGCUUGGAGCAGACAUCCCCAGGCCUCAGCCAGCAGCCUCAGAAUCUCAUCAUGGCCUCGCUUCCCGGGGUCAUGGCCAUUGGGCCUGGAGAGCCUACCUCCCUGGGCCCCACGUUCACCAACACGGGAGCCUCCACCCUGGUCAUUGGCCUGACCUCCACGCAGGCACAGAGCGUGCCGGUCAUCAACAGCAUGGGCAGCAGCCUGACCACCCUGCAGCCCGUCCAGUUCUCGCAGCCGCUGCACCCUUCCUACCAGCAGCCGCUCAUGCCCUCUGUGCAAAGCCACGUGGCCCAGAGCCCCUUCAUGGCCACCAUGGCCCAGCUGCAGAGCCCCCACGCCCUCUACAGUCACAAGCCCGAGGUGGCCCAGUACACCCACGCGGGCCUGCUUCCGCAGACCAUGCUCAUCACCGACACCACCAACUUGAGCGCCCUGGCCAGCCUCACGCCCACCAAGCAGGUCUUCACCUCAGAUGCUGAGGCCUCCAGCGAGUCCGGGCUUCACACGCCGGUGUCUCAGGCCACCACCAUCCACAUUCCUGGCCAGGACCCUGCUGGCAUCCAGCAGCUGCAGCCCACCCAUCGGCUCAGUGCCAGCCCCACUGUGUCCUCCAGCAGCCUGGUGUUGUACCAGAGCUCCGACUCCACCAAUGGCCAUGGCCACCUGCUGCCGUCCAACCACGGUGUCAUCGAGACCUUCAUCUCCACGCAGAUGGCCUCUUCUUCCCAGUAACCAUGGCCUCC